AUGAGAAAUCGUUGUAGUGCUGGUCAAAAAUUUCGUGCUUCACUUAUUAUACGACUUGCAUUAGCUGAAGCAUUUUGUCUUAAUUGUGGUAUACUUGCUUUAGAUGAACCAACAGCUAAUCUUGAUUUUGAAAAUAUUGAUGGAUUAGCUCAAGGAUUAAUUGAAAUUGUUAAAAGUCGUGCAAGUUUAAAAAAAUUUCAAUUAAUUAUAAUAAUACAUGAUGAAGAUUUUGUUGAUUCACUUGGUAAAUCUGCAUAUGCAGAAAAAUGUUAUCGUGUAUCAAAAACACAUAAUGGUCUAUCAAAAAUUGAUGUUUGUAAUAUCACAUCAUUUGGUGCUCAUUAA